AUUCAGAUGUAUCAGCUCUCAAGGCUUCUCCAUGAUUAUCACAGAGACCUGUAUAAUCAUCUUGAAGAAAAUGAAAUCAGUCCCAGUCUUUAUGCUGCACCGUGGUUUCUGACACUGUUUGCAUCUCAGUUUCCAUUAGGAUUUGUAGCCAGAGUAUUUGACAUUAUUUUUCUUCAAGGAACAGAAGUCAUAUUUAAAGUAGCACUGAGCCUACUUAGCAGUCAAGAAACAUCGAUAAUGGGCUGUGAGAGUUUUGAGAACAUUGUUGAUUUUCUUAAAACCACUAUUCCAGAUAUGACUCAGCCUCAAAUGGAAAAAAUUAUUACUCAGGUGUUUGAGAUGGAUAUUUCAAAGCAGCUCCAUGCCUAUGAAGUAGAGUACCACGUUCUUCAGGAUGAACUACAGGAAAAUGUGAGUCCGUGUGAUGAAGGUGAGCCCCUGGAGAAGCUGGAGAGGGCAAACAAUCAUCUGAAGAGACAAAACAUGGAUUUGUUGGAGAAGCUACAGGUUGCUCAUGCUAAAAUUCAGAGUCUGGAAGCCAACCUGGAGACUAUUUUGACUCGAGAGAACAAAAUGAAGACUCUAAUUCAGUCCCUGGAACAGGAGAAGAUAGCAUACCAAAAGACUCUUGAGCAGAUAGUGAAGUAUUUGCCAGCAGAAGCUUUGUCUGACUGUGAACUGCUCCUGAAGGAAAUAAACUACAAUCCAAAUAAUAAAAUAAGGAGUAAGCCAUAAACCAGGGUUUUCUAGGCAGCAUUUGUUCUAAAAAAGGGAAUGAAAAGAUGAGUAUGCUGCUUUCAAUAGCUACUUAGCAAUAGGCAAUGGUAUU